CUUUAGUUGGAUCUAAGCAAGAUGACGUCUGGUGCGAUGCUCACGAUGCCCAUGUUGCUCAUCAACAUGGGUGGGGAGAUGCUGUACGUGCUUGACCAGCGCCUCAAGGCGCAAAACAUCUCAGGGGACAAGAGUGUCAAGGUCCUUGUGGAUGUGGUCAAGACCAUGUACAACACCAAGUUCAUUUCGGAGCUCUUCCGGCCGCACCACAUGUACUCGAACGUGUCCACACGUCAGAUCUUCGAUCGCCUGGCGCACUCUUCGAUCAUGCGUCUCAACCAGUCCAGCAUGGACAAGGUCGGCUGAUCUGUUGAUAUUGCCACAUACUGUUGUUCUGCCUAGCUGUACGGUUUGAUGCGCAUGGGGUUCAAGUACAACAUCUUGGCGUGCUCAUCUGCGGACCAACUGGUGCAAGUAACCAUGAACCACCUUCGCUCCAUCAAGGAGAUCGUAACCACGGACGAAGCAACGUCGCUCAUCGAAGAAGCCAUCGUCCUCACGGCCAACGUCUACGGCACCAUGAGCCAUGGCAACUUUCUCCUGCUCAAGCAAAACUUGUGCCGGUUCUUCCAAGACGUGCGCAUCAAAGUGUCGCUGUUCCUGCAAUCCGAAAUCCAAAACGGCGACGGCAGCUUUGUCCUCCGCGCCGACGGACCCGUGGCCACGGGCGGCGACAUCCCUGGCACCGUCCGCUACUACAAUGCUUCCGGGGACAUUGAAAGCGAAGACUCGAUUGCAAUGGACAACGCCCGGGGGGUGGUUCCGUUCGAUGACAAGCCCAUCUUGUCGCGAGAUCCGAGCUUGUGUCCAUUUGGAGGAAACUUGUAUGUGCCCAAUGCAAAGCCAGGGCCCAAGUCCGCCCCCAAGACGGGGGAAGAGAUGGCUGCCGAGGCCAAGAAGGGGUCCAAAGGGGGUGACGACAAGCAACCAUCGCCCCCCAAGCAAUGGAAAGCCACGGCGGCGGAUGGCCUCAACCUGCUGGCGGACCUGCUCGGGGCCAAGGACAGCUCUGCCACGGAUGCCAAGCCUUGGAAAAUCAACUUGUUCGCCGACGAUCCUGACGACGAGGAUAGCAAGGACGACGGCGACGACGAAGGGCAAGUGCAGACGAUCACGAUCGACGCAUUGAGUGACCGCAAGACCACCAAAGCCCUGCUGGACGAAUUCGAAGACGACAAGCCCCAAGACAAGAAGGGAGGCGAUACCGACGACUUGCUUAGUUUAAUGGAUUCGACUUAAAAAUAGUGUACGACACACUGUAUAAGUUGUGUGUUUCACGUUCUGGUGGUGGCAAAAGAUCGUGUUUUCUACUUUUGAACGUGCGCGCACUUCAUACACUACACAAGCCAAUCCACACAAUAUCACGGAUUAGACCCGAUGUCCAGUCGCAAAAUGAGAGUACUUAGUAGCCACAUCAUCAUGUGUUUAUUACCUUGUACGAUUUGACGCCGGCGG